UGUCAGUGUGACAACUGAUCGGGUGAAUGAUGCAGCACUAACCACUAGCACCAGCACCACAGAAAGGAGGAGAAGGGGUAGAGUCUACACAAGCAGCAUCUCUGGAUUGGAUUGUCAGCAUCAGCCAUGGAGAAACAAAGCACUGGCAGCUAUGAAGGAUCUUAGCAGGCGGCGAGCUGCUCUGCCCAUGUUGUAGGAUAUGUACAUGUGCAGACAACUAGAAAAAUACCCCUAUGUGAAGCCACGUACUGCGGUCAACGCUGGGGACUAUAAAGAAGGAUGCAAAGUAAUCUUGGUGGAUCUACCCUGCUGCAGCUACUAAUCAGCAACGGGGAAAUAAGUGAAUAGCUUCUUCAAUGACCACCUACAGAAUCCACAUCCCACAAUGGCUUUUUGAUGUCUAUCAAGAAUAGUGUGACCUUCAAUCUCACAGUAUGUGUGGAGCAUUUGAAAAGCGAGACUGCACUCGGCUUCCUGAGAGAGAAACAUUACAGUAUUGUGUGUUGAACGCCAGCUAUAUGUUCAUGAAGUGACCAAUCUGUUAUUCAUAGAAGAAAAAAACAAGUUCUCAGCCGCUAAACAAGUGUUAAGAACUGAAACAUGAGGGAACUAAAACUAAGAAUUAACUUGCUGUUUGGACUAACAAUCACUGCACUGGUGCAAGCUACUCAAAAAAAGAUGGAUUGUCCAUUGUUGUGCACAUGUGAAGUUCGACCGUGGUUUACGCCGAGAUCUAUUUAUAUUGAAGCUUUCACAGUGGAUUGCAAUGCAUUAGAUCUUUAUAGCUUCCCUGACAGACUCCCAGCAAACACACAGGUCUUACUUUUACAGGCUAAUAACAUUGAGGAAAUUAAAAAUGCGGAUCAUUUUCCAGUAAAUCUUACAGGGCUGGAUUUAUCACAAAACAAUCUGUCCUCUAUGGUCAAUAUCAAUUUCACAAAUGCCCAUCAGGUACUUUCUGUAUACCUGGAGGAAAAUAAACUAGCGGAACUGUCAGAGGAAUGUUUUUCGGGACUGGUAAAUUUACAAGAGCUCUACAUAAAUCAUAACUUGAUAUCCACAAUUUCUCCAAAUGCAUUUGCUGGGGUUGGCAAUUUGCUCAGACUUCACCUUAACUCAAACAGAUUGAAAGUGGUUAAUCGUCAGUGGUUCGAAGCAAUGCCACAUCUGGAGAUUCUCAUGAUUGGUGAAAAUCCAAUAAUCAAAAUUGAAGAUAUAAACUUUAAGCCUCUUAUCAAUCUGCGCAGCCUGGUUUUAGCAGGAAUAAAUCUUACAGAAAUAUCUGAUAAUGCCUUCAUAGGCCUAGAAAAUUUGGAAAGCAUUUCUCUCUAUGACAACAGAUUUGUUAACAUUCCCUCUGUUGCUCUUCAAAAGGUUCUGAACCUUAAAUUUUUGGAUCUAAAUAAAAACCCUAUCAGGAGAAUACAAAGAGGAGAUUUUAGCAAUAUGUUACACUUAAAAGAGCUGGGUGUUAAUAACAUGCCAGAACUAGUUUCAAUAGAUAGUCUUGCCAUUGAAAAUUUGCCCGAAUUGAGAAAAAUAGAAGCAACCAAUAAUCCAAAACUGGCCUACAUUCAUCCCAAUGCAUUCUAUAGACUUCCGAAAUUAGAAACACUCAUGCUCAACAGCAACUCUCUCAGUGCACUAUAUAGAAGCACCAUCGACGCUUUGCCCAACCUUAAGGAAUUAGGAAUACACAGCAACCCUAUCAGAUGUGACUGUGUAAACCGCUGGAUAAAUAUGAAUAAAACAAGCAUCCGUUUUAUGGAAACUGAUUCAUUGUUUUGUGUGGACCCCCCAGAGUUUCAAGGUCAGAAUGUUAGACAUAUACAUUUCAGGGAAAUGAUGGAGAUAUGUUUACCACUAAUUGCUCCACAGAGCUUUCCCUCAAAUCUGGAUAUAAGUACUGGAAGCUCUGUUUCAUUACAUUGCCGAGCUACAGCAGAACCAGAGCCAAACAUUUACUGGAUCUCACCUUCGGGUUCUAAGCUUAAACCAAAUACAAUCCAUGGUCCAUUUUAUGUCCACGCUGAAGGAACAUUGGAAAUUACCAGCAUAAGUGUUUUAGAUGCUGGACUUUAUACUUGCGUAGCAAAGAACCUGGUUGGCGCAGAUUUGAAAACAGUUAUGAUUACUGUAGAUGGAUUCCUACCAGAGGAUGCCAAUGGAUCAGUCAUCAUUGACAUAAAAGAAGUUCAAAGUAAUUCUGUUUUGGUGUCUUGGAAUUCUCAGUCAAAGAUUUUGAAAUCUAGUGUACAGUGGAUUGCAUCCCUGAAUGCAGAAUACACCAGAAUUGCUCACAGUGUUCGAAUGCCGUCAGACAUCAAACAAUACAAUUUAACACGUCUAAGUCCUUUAACUGAAUACAAGAUUUGCAUAGACGUACCCACCAUCUAUCAGCAAAUGGAAAAGCAAUGCAUUAACGUUACCACAAAAGGAAUGGAUACUUUGAAAAAACAUAAUGCAGCCUUUAAGACAACAGCUCUUAUUAUUAUUAUGUGUGGUCUGUUUGGGAUCAUUACUGUGGCUUACUUUUUCAACUAUAUAUCUUUAUACUUGAGACGGUUUUCUGAACAGAAAUGCAGUGAAAAUCUUUUGCAGACACCCCCAUUUGCUUACAAUGACCUUUACCCUCCUUUGUUGAGCCUUUGGAAUCUUGACAAUGAAAGCACAUCUCUAGAAGUCAAAUCGACAGUAAUACAAGUACCCAGUAUGAUGCCAUAAAAAAUAAAGCUAAGAGUAUGUGACCCAUGGAUUAUAAAACAAAAGCACAAGGUUCUAGUUGUGCUCCUCUAAAAAGCAGGAAGACUAUUUUCUAGUAAACAAAGGACAACGUAAUAUCACAGUAUCCUAAGGCUUAGCAUACUUACAAGCCAGACAAGCAAGUCAUUUACACAAUAAAAACUAGAUAAAACAAGGAACUAUGACUCCCUUUGUCAAAUACAAUAUAUAACUUUUGUUUUAUGUAUUUUCUUUGGUUUGUUUAGAUUUUUUACAUUAUACUGUAGUUGAACUGAGCAAUACCUCCUCUUCUGUGAUGUAUUACACAUUUUAGCCAAGUUUUUCAAGUGACAAAAUUAAAAAUAGAAAUUGACACGUGGUGUUACAAAUUGGACAUUUCUGUAGCGUAGUAAAGACAGUAAAUAUGUAAAUCUUUUUUUAUGGAAAAAAAAACUUUUUGAUUAAAAUAAAAACUACCUGUGCCAUGACUAUUUUGUUAUGUGAUAAGGAUUU